AGCCGGCGGCGCAAACUGCAGCGAGCGGGCGCUGGGAGCCAGGCAGCUCCGCUGGCAGCGCGGUGCCCCCGCUUCUCGGCAUGGCCCCCUCAGCCUGGGCCGUCUGCUGCCUCCUGGGGGGGCUUCUGCUCCGCAGCAGCAGCGCCAGCCCCGGUCCCAGCGUGCCCCGCCUGCGGCUCUCCUACCGAGACCUCCUGGCUGCCAACCGUUCUUCCAUCUUCCUGGGUCCCCGGGGCUCCCUGGACCUCCAGGUCAUGUACCUGGAUGAGUACCGGGAUCGCCUUUUCCUGGGGGGCCGAGACACCCUCUACUCUCUGCGGCUGGACCAGGCCUGGCCGGAUCCCAGGGAGGUUGUGUGGCCGUCACAGCCAGGACAGAGGGAAGAGUGUGUGCGGAAGGGCAGGGAUGCUUCGACUGAAUGUGCCAACUUCGUGCGGGUGCUGCAGCCCCACAACAGGACCCACCUGCUGGCAUGUGGCACUGGCGCCUUCCGGCCCAGCUGUGCGCUCAUCGCUGUGGGGCACCGCGGGGAGCACGUGCUCCGGCUCGAGCCUGGCAGCCUAGAGAGUGGGCGGGGCCGGUGCCCGCACGAACCCAGCAGACCCUUCGCCAGCACCUUCGUAGGUGGGGAGCUAUACACGGGUCUCACUGCCGAUUUCCUGGGGCGUGAGGCCAUGAUCUUCCGGAGUGGGGGUCCCCGGCCUGCCUUGCGUUCCGACUCGGACCAGAACCUCCUUCAUGACCCCCGGUUUGUGAUGGCCACCCGGAUCCCGGACAACUCCGACCAGGAUGACGACAAGGUGUACUUCUUCUUCUCAGAGACGGUCCCCGCACCAGAUGGUGGCCCCGGCCGUGUCACCGUCAGCCGUGUGGGCCGGGUCUGCAUGAACGACAUGGGUGGCCAGCGGGUGCUGGUGAACAAGUGGAGCACCUUCCUCAAGGCCAGACUGCUGUGCUCGGUGCCCGGCCCCGGUGGCGGAGAGGCCCACUUUGACCAGCUGGAGGAUGUGUUCCUGCUGUGGCCCAAGGCGGGGAGGAACCUUGAGGUCUACGGGCUUUUUCGCACAGUCAGUGCUGUGUUCCAGGGCUUUGCUGUCUGUGUGUACCACAUGGAGGACAUCUGGGAAGUCUUCAAGGGGCCCUUUGCCCACCAAGACGGUCCCCAGCACCAGUGGGGGCCCUAUGGGGGCAAGGUGCCCUUCCCUCGCCCAGGGAUGUGCCCCAGCAAGAUGACGGCACAGCCUGGGCGGCCGUUCGGCAGCACUAAGGACUACCCGGAUGAGGUGCUGCAGUUCGCCCGCGCCCACCCGCUCAUGUUCCAGCCCGUGCGGCCUCGCGGUGGCCGCCCCAUCCUCGUCAAAACCCACCUCAGCCAGCAGCUGCGCCAGAUCGUGGUGGACCGCGUGGAGGCGGAGGACGGCACCUAUGACGUCAUCUUCCUGGGGACCGACUCAGGCUCGGUGCUCAAGGUCCUGGCGCUCCAGGCAGGGGCCUCCGUGGAGCCUGAGGAGGUGGUUCUGGAGGAGCUGCAGGUGUUUAAGGUGCCAACCCCCAUCACUGAGAUGGAGAUCUCCGUGAAAAGGCAAAUGCUGUACGUGGGCUCGAAGCUGGGCGUUGCCCGGUUGCAGCUGCACCAUUGUGAGACUUAUGGCAGUGCCUGUGCUGAGUGCUGCCUGGCCCGGGACCCGUACUGUGCCUGGGAUGGCACCACCUGCACCCGCUACCGUCCGGGCAUUAGCAAGCGCCGCUUCCGCCGGCAGGACAUCCGGCAUGGCAACCCUGCCAUGCAGUGUGCAGGCCAGAGCCAGGGAGAGGAAGCUGCAGGACUCAGUGUGGAGACCAGUAAGGUCUAUGGCACAGAGCACAACAGCACCUUCCUGCAGUGUCUGCCCAAGUCUCCCCAGGCUGUUGUGCGCUGGUUCUUGCAGAGGCCUGGGGCCGAGGGGCCUGACCAGGUGAAGACGGACGAGCGAAUCCUGCACACGGAGCAGGGGCUGCUCUUCCGCAGGCUCAGCCGCCUCGACGCGGGCACCUACAUCUGUACCACGCUGGAGCACGGCUUCUCCCGCACCAUCGCUCGCCUGGCGCUGGAGGUGAUCGGCGCCGAGCAGCUUCACGGCCUGUUCCCCGCAGCUCGGGCGGGCCUGGCCUCUGCGCCACCCAAGGCUUGGUACAAAGACAUCCUGCAGCUCAUCGGCUUCGCCAACCUGCCCCGGGUGGAUGAGUACUGUGAGCGCCUGUGGUGCCCCUCCCGGAGCCGGGCCAAGCAGGCCAAGGGCAAGAGCUGGGCAGGGCUGGAGCUGGGCAAGAAGGUGAAGAGCCGGACCCAGGUGGAACGCAAUCGGACGCCCCGGGAGGUAGAGGCCACGUAGAAGGCAGCAGAGGAGGAGGUAGCCUGGAGGGGCCACCCAGCCCAGCAGCCGCCCCCAGAAUCUCCCAGCCACCCAGCGAGGGUAGUGAUGGUCACAUUUCUGACUUCCUGAUGGGGUGUCUGCUCCCAGCCUCCCCCCGCCCCACACUGCUGCAGGAAAGGCUGCGUGCCUGGGCCUGAGGGAGGACCAUGCCCAGGGUCUGCUCUCUGCCCCUCUCUGCUGCAGUCCCAGACUGGAGCCAGCACCCUCUCUCUUUCUGGCCGCCCCCGGCACCCUGUGGGGCUGCUUUUUGUUCUCAGACGUGGCCCCUAGAAUCCAUUUCCGGGUGUGCCCAUAGGCAAGAGGCUGGUGGUUCUUUCCCAGCCUGCAGAACAAUGGCCAUUCUGAGUGACCUGAGCCUGGGCAUUGGGGGCCCUGUCUAGGAUGGGUGGGGCAGCCAGAGGCAGGAGAGUGCCCGUGAAGCCAGCACUCCGUUAAGACUACUGACCCUCUCUGAGCGAGGGAGGGAGAGGGGAGGUGCCGUGAGGGUGGACCAGCUGGACACCGCUCCCCUCCCCACCCCCCCAGCUCCUGCAUUGCCUCAAGUCACAGAUCUUGGUGCCUCCUGGCUACCGCCCACCACCACACACAACAACUGUUUACAGCAGAGUCACAGCAGUGCGGGUGGCCAGAGCUCUCAGCGGCCCCCUGCAUGAAGUGAGGAGGGGGCUCUCACAGCCUGGCUCCCUGCCUCGAGACCCCAGAAGUACCAGGCCAGCUCUUUUGGGAGAACUGCGCACUUUCUCCCUCCGCCCUCCGGCCUGGUUCCCAGGGAGAGCGUCUGGACUGCUGGGCCCAUCAUGGUGGGUUCCAGAAAGCCAUCCCCGCGCUCUGCUAACUGGACAUGGGAAGAGGGGAACUGGGCAGAGCGGAGUCAGUGUCCACAGCCAGGAGGGCGGGAAUGCGGCUGUGUGAGCCAGCGGCGGGGGUGGGGCAGGGCCCGAGGUGUGGAAUGCGGGAGGGCCACGGAUGGACCGUCCUGGAGCAGGCCUCUCCGGCACUGCCAGCCGAGGCGAGGGCCAGAUGUUUCCCACUCUGGAAUCUUCGGUUUUCCUUAAAUAAGGGUUGGUCUGGUUGGCUCAUUUAGGAAUUUUUUUUUUUCUUUUAAGGGGAAAAAAAUGUAGGAGGGGUGGAAAAUGUUAGUCCUGCUGAUUUGGGGGUUGAGGCUCAGGUGGCCAGGCAGGGCAUAGGGAGGUAUUUUUGUCAGUAAAGUAUUUCUUGGGCCUGGGAGCCUGAAUGUGGAGGAGGAGGAGGAAGAGAAGGAGGACAAAAUGAAAAGUUGUUCUCAUCCUGUAAGUCAAUGUUAAUGAUGCACAGAACCGACAGGAGAUAAGAGGAUCAGGUUUUCUGAGUCCCUCCAUUGAAAAACCAAGAUGAGGGGCGGGAGGGAUAGUCCAGUGGGUAGGGUGCUUGCCUUGCCAACCCAGGUUUCCCCAACAUCCUAUCUGGUUCCCCAGGGCCCACCAGGAGAUCCCUGGGUGCAGAACCAGGGCACCGCCAGGUAUAGCCUAAAAACAAAAACCCCCUAAAAGCCAAGAUGAAGAGAAGAGGGGAAAAAGACAGACAAAAUAUAAGACAAGGCUUCCGGUUCCAUUGGACUCAGAGCCAGGCUGUGUCUGCCUUGCCCCUGCCUCCCCAUCUGAUUAACCUUUCUCCCCUUUCUCCACAUUGAGACAGUGCCACCACUUGGGAAAGCACCGAGCCUGGGGCUACUGCAGGGGGGAGAAGGGGGGCAAGACAGGGAAUGCCAGGGAGAAACAGAACAAAGGCAGAACUGGCUUCCCACUCUCCCCCAGGAGGACUGGAAGAAAGCACCAGGGCCCUGGCGGGGUAUUAGGCUAGAUUGGGCUAAAGGUGACUCCAGGCGGGAUACUGGUUACUUGGGGAAAGGAGGGAAUAGGAACAGAUAAAUCCUCACCAGCAAGUACCUGUACUUGGAAAAUUAUGAACGACUUCCACCAUGAUGCUGUGCCUUAUUGACUCUCGGGAAUGCCUCGUGAGCUCUAAUUUUGUAUUCAUGUGUUGAGACGGGCUUGCAGUUUCUGUUUCCAGAGCACAUUUGCCUUAUUGCUUGGACUUUUAUGGUCGUGACGGCCCCUGAGCACUGGUGAGCAGAGCUUCGUGGUCUCCCGGGCAGUCCACUAGGAAGGGGGUGAUGUUCCUCUUUACCUCACAUAAUUAUAUCAUUAUUGAA